AUGGAGGAGGCCAAGGUUGUGGAGUCCAAGGACGGGACGAUCUCAGUUGCUUCAGCAUUUGCUGGUCAUCAGGAAGCUGUACAAGACAGAGAUCACAAAUUUUUAUCAAAGGCAGUUGAGGAAGCAUACCGAGGAGUUGACUGCGGUGAUGGAGGACCAUUUGGUGCAGUUGUUGUCCACAAUGAUGAAGUAAUAGCCAGUUGCCAUAACAUGGUUUUGAAGAACACCGAUCCAACUGCACACGCUGAAGUAACUGCGAUAAGAGAGGCUUGCAAAAAGCUUGGGAAAAUUGAGCUGUCAGAUUGUGAAAUUUAUGCAUCCUGUGAGCCAUGCCCAAUGUGUUUCGGUGCUGUUCAUCUAUCCCGGAUUAAGAGGCUGGUCUAUGGAGCCAAGGCAGAAGCUGCAAUUGCCAUUGGAUUUGACGAUUUCAUUGCUGAUGCUCUCAGAGGAACUGGGUACUACCAGAAGGCCAACAUGGAGAUAAAGCAGGCAGAUGGAAAUGGAGCCAUGAUUGCUGAACAAGUAUUUGAGAAGACUAAAGAGAAGUUCCAAAUGUAUUGA